CUGCGCUUUCCCGUUUUCAUAUGAGCGUAGGACGUUGACUGAGUACGAAUGCACAGACUGAUCUAUAAUCGGACCCCAAGAACAGCCCCCAAAACACCACUUACUAAUUUUCAUCUGGCAAUCGGUUCAGCCAUAUCCAUCAUGAGUGAGCACCUUGAGAUAAUUAAGAAACGAAAUCAGUUGUUCAAGGAACUUUACGAAGGAGAUGAUAUGAGGGCGCUCUGUGACGCCCUCUACGUUCAAGACUGUAAGAUGAUGGUUCCAGGGGAGAAGACAACGGAGGGAAAAGACGAUGCACAGAAACUCUUAGCUUCAUUCAAAAGUGAGGGCGCUGUGUUGGUGAAUCUUCAUGCCAUUGAAGUAGCACCAAUUGGUGGCGGCGAGUUGCUCUAUGAACGCGGCGAUUAUGACUUCGCAAAGGCCGACAACAAGCCCUUCAAAAUGGGCAAGUAUUUGGUGAUCUGGAAGCUUACAGACGGCGAAUACAAACGAUACACUGAGAUUCUUAACAGUGGAAAGCAACAGUAAGGCAUUACAAGCAACACCGUUCGAAAGAAAAAGCGACAUUUCAAAGUCUUGCUCAAGUUUGGAGAAUGUUUACAAAGUUUAUCUAGGAUAAGCGAAAGUUUUUGGUUUCUGUCAGUAGCAUUUUGACUGUUAGCAUAUUGAAUUUGUGUGUAUUUUGCAUUAUCUUGGGUGUUGGUCUCAUGUUGAAGAUUUAAAGCUUUAUUCUCGACCCUCUUUUGAAAGAAUUACUGAUAAAAAUGACUUAACUAACGGCAGAUUAGUGAAAUAAUGCCUACAAAUACCGUUACAAAUUAAGUUUAUUGUAUGUCAUGCCAUAUUUUCAUUGGUCCAGACGAAUCACGCUAUCGGUGUUUAAAAUUGCGUUUCAUCCCAUGAUUAUUGUGAGUUGUAUAAUCUGUCGUUUCAAUGCCAGCCAUGUCAUAAGCGGCGAAUUGCCCUAUUGUUUGAGCGUGUUUCUAUGUCAAUGGUACAUUUUUUUUGGUUUACAUCAAAUCAAUUAGACGGUUGUGCUAUUCCAGUCAGUUUUUUGUCAUAAUAUCUACGGAACUUUAAAAAAUGGAUGAAAAAUUAUGGUUUUGAAGACGGACGGAAAUGUCCCCAAAGGAUUUUAGCUUACGAGUGUAACACGUUCGAGUAACGUAAAACGAUAUAGCGAAUCGGUCUUCGACGCUACAUCGCAGUAACAAUUCAAGGCGCUGGUCUUUUACAUGUUUUGUGCGUUGUUUUUGUUCCCUUUUUGCGUGUUUGCUUGUUUUUUGUUUACUUGUUUUUUAGUCUUGUCUUUUAGCCUAGCGUAAAAGAGUGGCUCUAACACUCAAAUAUAAAACAAAUGCCCAAAAUUUACCUUUUCUCUUCACGUUCACCAGUUUACGUUUUUCUUUUAGAAUGUGAUAUGGUAAAGUUGGGACAGCAAAAUGGCAUAAUUCGUUAGUUUCUUUGUUUCUUCAUGUUCUAAAAUGAAUUUCAAAAACGAAAUAGAAAUUAGUGCACAUUUAUAAAAAUUCAGUCACAAAUUAAAAAAAAUUGAAGAGAAUUAAAGAAAAUACAUGCAAAAAGCUGAACUGUUAUAUUUGGAUGCCAACCAAAUCAUAGUUUUUCCUGCUGAAAUUCAAUGAAUCGUCAUGAAAAUAAUUCAGUUUGGCUCAUUUCAUGUUGUAGGCAUUACAUCAAUUCAGUUCAGGGACAACGCCACGCUUUUUCAAACCACCUCACAGCUGGGGGAUCCCCUGAAACUUGGCUGUCCCAUGCGGAAUGCAUUCGAAUCUUUGCAUGAAUAAAACGGCUUUCAUUAUGAGCAUAACCGUGAAGUUAAUUUAUUUCAACAAAAGGGUUCAUUGGAAGUUCAUAGCCGCAAGCAUGGAUUGAGCACAUCAGUGGAAAGGACUAUCGUUUUCUUUUGUUGGAAUGUCUUUAAGCAUAUAGAUGUUGUGCGAGAACGAUAUGUCUGAGUUUCACAAGACUGUCGUGAAAAUGAGUCUAAAACAUUAUUUAAAAAUCUUUUGAAGCUAAGCAGGUGAAAAACAUGUCGAAGGGCCGUAGCAAACCGGAUCUUUUGUGUUGUUACAUUUUAGGUUGCGAGCCUUUAUUGUUGAAGGCAAAAUUAUUUUUUCUUUUUUCUUCUGUCAACCUGUUUCAGUUCGUUAUAUUUGCAACCUUCUAAUGUCAGUCCUUUAUUUUGUAACCGUCAAUUCAUAUAAUAAUGAAACAUUAUAUAUUCUGCACGCUCUGUUGUCCUUUGCUAUAGAAAUGCACAUGAAGUGUUGUCUGUGCAGAUAUUAUUAAACGGCUUAACUAUGGGUAGAAUCA